AAGGAAGAAGAAUUGGUUUGUCAUCGGUACUGUGUCUGUGUGUGUCCCCUGCCAAUUCCUUCGAGGCCAACAGCCGCCAUUGUUUGCCAUUGCUCCCAACCAUUCUCAUCGAACAACUUCACAGAUCUACUCACUUUCCCUUCUCCUAUUCCGCCUAGGGUUCACAUUUUCUUCCUUCUAUCCAAUUCGCACGUGCAAAUGCGUCGUUAGCGCUACUCCCAGAUUUCGUAACGGUUGUUCGAAAUGGGAGCACUGAUUCCAAUUUACUUGUACGUGGUCGCUUUCUUUUGCACCUGUGGAGCUAUUGCAUUGGCCUUGCUACACAUUUAUAGACACCUUCUCAAUUACACCGAGCCCACUUUUCAGCGUUUUAUUGUUCGGAUCGUUUUUAUGGUACCCGUUUAUGCGUUAAUGUCAUUCUUGUCCCUUGUUCUACCCAAUAGUUCAAUCUAUUUCAAUUCCAUUCGGGAAGUCUAUGAAGCUUGGGUUAUUUAUAAUUUCCUCUCACUGUGUCUUUCAUGGGUUGGUGGUCCUGGAGCAGUUGUCCUAAGUUUAAGUGGACGGGUUCUGAAACCAUCAUGGUUUCUUAUGACUUGUUGCCUACCUCCUAUAGCGCUGGAUGGGCGUUUUAUACGUAAAUGCAAGCAAGGGUGUUUGCAGUUUGUGAUUUUGAAGCCCAUUUUAGUUGUUGUUACACUUAUACUUUAUGCAAAGGGGAAAUAUAAGGAUGGGAAUUUCAGUCCAAAGCAAUCGUACUUGUAUCUUACAAUCAUAUAUACAUUCUCAUACACAAUGGCUCUAUAUGCUCUUGCUUUGUUCUAUGUGGCAUGCAAGGAUCUGCUUAAUCCAUUCAAUCCAGUCCCGAAGUUUAUUAUCAUAAAAUCAGUUGUAUUCCUAACUUAUUGGCAGGGUGUCUUAGUUUUCCUUGCUGCAAAGUCAGAACUCGUUAAGGAUGCAGAUCAAGCUGCUCUUCUUCAAAAUUUUAUCAUUUGUGUUGAGAUGCUUGUUGCUGCCGUUGGCCACUUUUAUGCAUUUCCAUACAAAGAAUAUGCUGGGGCUAACAUAGGUGAAUCCCGUGGUUUGACAGCUAGCCUUGCUCAUGCUUUGAUGUUAAAUGACUUUUACCAUGAUACAGUCCACCAGUUUGCACCAACGUAUCAUGAUUAUGUUCUCUACAACCACGGUGAAGGUGAAGAGGGAACUAGGAAGUACCGGUCACGAACUUUUGUUCCAAUUGGCCCAGAGAUGGACACUGUGAGAAGAAAUAAGCAUAUGUUUGGAAACAAGAUAGAUGACAUACAACUCUCAGGUUUUUCUUCUAAUAGUAGCAUUCCCUCAAAUGUUGGUCCCAUCUCUGAUGUUUCGCAUUCCAGUGCAAUGAAAUCUUCCUUACUUGUUGAUAUAUCAAAUUCAGUAUCUGUGCCAUACGAUUUCACACUUAUAGACUUGGAUGCACCCAAUUACCCUGAAAAAGUUCCAGAAGCUGAUAAAGCCGGUACUAGGUGACCAUGAAGAACAUUCAGAGCUAAGUGAGAAAAUAGGUCAUUGCCAAAGAAAGAAGGGGAGUAAUAGGGCCAUCCUACUUCUUUUCUAUUUUAGGAGAGAAUUAUGAGCGAAGUGUAGUUUGUUUGAUUCCAGGAAAGCAUGUAAGCAAGUCUGGCGCUAAUGUUUGUGUCAAUGUAAAAGCCCUAAUCUCGCCCUAGAAAACCAAUCCUUGAAUUGGUCUUCAGAUCUUAUACUGUUUUUGUCUCCAUUGAUUGCGUAUCGUGUGCACAUUGUAGAUACAGAACUCGUUGGCAUACUUCAACCAUAACAGAUAAAAUAUAAUUAGAACUAAAUUAACUAUUUGAUUGAUUCAUUUUUCUUAACACCUUGAACUUACCUAUUGCUGUUGGGUUAUAUAGAAUGUCAUUGCCAUCAUUUUCACCCUUUUUCAAUUUGCUGCAUUGAUCUUUAAUCUGAAGUAUAACUUUCUGCUAAUGUCUGCUAAUGCUUCCAAAUCCACAUGAAGGAUGCAAUAUCUACUGUAUUGCUUCUGCUAACAACUACUGUAUGACGUGGAACCUUUAAUUUGACAAGAACGAUCAGCCUUUCUUUAAUCUCUUCGUGACAAAGGCGUCAACUAACUGAAACCUU